GCCAUAAACAGGGCACUCGUUUUCAGAAGCUGUUUUACGGAAGUCUCGUACAUUAAACAAUAAGCAUUACAUGCGUAUACAGCACACAAUUUGUUCAAAAGGAUUGAAGCUUCUUUAAAAAAAACACAUCGGAUUUUAUAUUGAAGAUACGUUUAGAGGAUAAACGCUGCCAGGACGUCUGACUAGGCUCGACGACAUGCUUUUAUUGGUAAAGAGCCAGAGUACUGAGCAAGAACAACAUUCAGGCGUGAUGAUUGAUGUAGUGUUACCCAGUGUGUGAUAGUACGUUUCAACUUGGAUAGAAACGUUGUUGUCAAAUCGCUUGGAAUUCAUCAAUCGAAAAUAAAUAUAAUACCUAAAGUUGCAAUGUCUGCUCGAAGAUGCGCCAUGUUGUGUCUCUUACUAUUUUUCACUGUGGACAUGAAUUAUGUCAUCAGCCAGACUGCGACCAAUUCGACGACGGUGCCCUCAUCAAGCAACGCAUCAAGCACCAAUUCGACGACUGUGCCCUCAUCAAGCACCGCAUCGAGCACCGCAUCAAGCACCGCAUCAAGCACCGCAUCAAGCACCUCAUCAAGCACCUCAUCACCAAUGAUUGAUGUGAAUGUGGCGCCUUGUGACCAAGGAAAACCUGUCUGUCCUGUCAGCUUUGGCUGUUACGACAGGGCUCAUGUCUGUGACUCAUACGACGACUGCGGAACGGGCUUCGAUGAGUCUAGUUGCUCUUUAACCGACGAAGAAGGAACAGUUUGUCAAGAGGUAAAGCAGAACGCCACUCUCUUCAACACCCACUGCAUCACAGCCAUGCCUUCUAGUGGACCUCUCAUCUCGGAUGAUAUUACAGGGCGUGUCUAUCUCUUCCCAGCGCCAGAGACCCCACGAUCGUACAUUGAUUCGAUUACUAUCAACACCCCUGCCUUUGCCCCUAACUUGGAAGGGGACCUUUAUGCCAUGUUCAACAUUACCACCACAGAUCAGAGAGGAAACGUUGUCAACAAUACAAUCUUGACCACUGAGUUUCGUGUCACGUUUGAAGGAUCGAUUACGCACAAUUUCCCGCUUCGUGCUCCACUCCCGUUAACCUUUUCUGAGACUGACCGCAUCGGAGUUUACAUUCUACGAACGCCUGAAGCCAUCCCACCAAGUCCCCGCAAUCCAUACGUGGACGCAGUGGUGGGCAGUGGAGGCCUCCGCAUGAACUUUGUCCAGUACCAGGAUGGAUGUGCCACAGUUCCCGAUGAUAGCGCGUCAACUGGGAACAGCGAAUGUCUCCGAGCAGCGUGGGACUUCCGGAAAGCCGCUAUGAGGGCGUCUUCCAUGGGACUUACAUGUCUACCGGCAGAACGCACUCAAUUCAUUUUAAACAUGUAUAGUGACUGCUUUGAUGCGCCUACCAUAGUACAAAUAUCCAGAAACUACACGGUGAUCCCCGGUCAGGAAGUGUCCCUUAUUUGUGCAGCAAGGGGUACUCCUGUUCCUACAGUCCGGUGGGUCGUUCCAGAGACCCUGGAGGUAGCCUCUGAGUUUACCCAGACAAUGACUACAGGCGCAGCUGGGAUUACCUUUACCAGUAACACAGCCAUGCUAUAUAGGUUAGAAUGUGUUGCAGAAAGCUAUGUGGGUGAGGCGAGAGCUAUAAAUAUUAUCACAAUUUUAGAUGAAUUGUGUGUUGAGAAGCUCGGGGAACGAGACCGCUUCCUAGCAGCAACUGAUCUAAACCAGUCUUGUCCCACUGUACAAGAAACCCGGCAAGAGUUUUACUCAUUCCAGGAAAGAGCACUUGUCUAUCGCCCUUCUUCCAGUGGGUUGCUCUAUGCUCUUAGUCUGCCUUCUUACAUCUUCUCCUUUACGUAUGGCAACACCAUAGCGGCUCUUCGUGUAUCGGUUACCGUUGACGACUUUGUAGGCAAGCCCUCACGAAGACGUCGAGACGUAGUUCCCGUACUCCAACGGAGGGAUUUCUUUAGUAUCGCGGAAAAUAGAAACACUAGUGUUUACACGAUUCAUUUCCGGGCUCCUGUUAACGUCACUGCAUUUGAAUAUGUCUAUAUUAGCUUAACGAGUCUUGAAAGCAGUCUGAGGAUAUUUUCCCCGGAUGGACCAGUCAUUCUGAGUUACCUAAAAUGCCCAGAAGUGAUGGACAGAGUCCAAAAUGUUGACUGUUACAGGAUCUAUGAUCAGUGGCAUGGGAUGGAAGAUGAAUUGAUGGAGUUGGGGUGCGCGAGAAGAACUUCUCCACUCUUCGACCUUUACCAGAACUGCUUGGGGAUAGCAGAUGAAGCUCUAAGAGAAUUUCCGCUCACUAUUCCUGAAGUGAAACUUUAUGACAACUUUACACUCCGUUGUCCCAUCGCGGGAAGCAUUCAAUCUCACUGGAUGAAGAAGACGAGUCGAGAGGAUGUUUUGCCCUUCAUCAAGCCUUCCUUCAUUCUAGGUUUUGAAAUGUUCAACUCACAAAAUCAAGGUUACUACUACUGCAAAGGAGUUGGUAAUGAUAAUGAGACGUUAGCGACAGAACCCGUAUUGCUCGCAUUUAAAGAUGUCACGACCUUAGGAUUCUCAAUCACCUUUGAUCGUCCCUAUGUUGACUUCGCUGAUCCGCUCUUCCGAGAAUUUGAAUUUGAAUUCCAAUCUCCUAUUCGCAAUGCCCUCUUUGCGGAUCCGGUCCUCUCACAAUUGCUCGUCGGUGGUAGUUUCGGCUCACGUGGGUUUGACGUACCAACUAUCAUCAACACCCGCAAUGGCAGCAUGAUCGUUGACUACCAGGCUAGUUUUUCCGAUGGGAAUGGCACUGAUCUCAUCGAAGGGGUGACCAGAGCACUGAAGGACAAUCUGAGGAAUUCUGAAGGAGCUCCCGCUGAUAUCAUUCUGGACUCUAUCUCGGUGGGAAGUGUCUCCUCGUGUCCUGAAUCUGUCUUUAUGGGGAGUGAAGGCACUCUCACUUUCUCUCCAGUCGGCUUGGAUCAGAUCGCGGAGAGCUCGGAACAUUGCGCUGUAUAUACAGGAAAUACUCCUGUACCUCGAGCCAUGCGGACUUGUAAGGGUGAUUUCAUUUCCCCAGCCUACUGGGCCGACCCUGUCCUGUCUGAGUGCUUCAGCGAAAACGACGACACCAACCAAGUCCUCGGUGACAUUGCAAAUGCACCCAUUGCAUCUGGGAAUGUGACCGAAUACUCGAGUGACCUCGCCAAGGUCACCAACGAGACAUCCUCAAUCACAGCAGAGGGACUUGAAUCCAUUGCGACAUCACUGGAGAACAUUGUCCGGGUACAGGACUCGUCAAUGGAGGUAACGAUUAACGUCAUCAACACUGUCAACAACGUCCUGCAUGUAAGCGAUGAUGACUUCGUGAUCGCCAUCGACGCCGAAGCACCGACACGCAUCCUCGAUUCCUUGGAGAAUCAGGUGACCCUCUUCCAAACACAGGGUGACGGUUCGAACCUCACGGUCGUCGAUGAAAGCCUAGCCGUAGUGGCUCUGAAUAUUCCAAGGACUACGCUGCAGGAAGGUCUAGGUUUCACCACCCAAGGAGGAGUCAGAUCGGAAGUCGAUGUUUACAAUGAUGCUCUUGUAGAAAACAGCACCAUGGUGUUUUACGAUGUGGAUGAGAUACCCUUCACUGAGUUUGAGGCAGCUGUCAUCAUUCCUCGCGGCGUUCUGGACUCUAUAUCUUUUAAUAAUUCGGACGGUGGCAUGGUACCCGUUACCUUCUUCGUAUUCCAGAACAGCCUACUGUUCCAAAGUGGCGACCAGCAGAACACCUUGAAACGCGGUCGUCGCGUGGGGUCCCGCAUCAUCUCGGCAACCAUUGAGGGAUUCGACAUCCAGAAUUUACCUAUGGGGCAGGAGAUAGAGACCGCCUUUCUGGAACUGAAUGUCACUGAUAAUGACGAAACAAUUGACGCGAGGUCGUGUGUUUUCUGGAACAAGACCGCGAAUGGUGGUGAAUGGUCAACGAGGGGAUGUCGACGAGAAGAUCUACCAGGGCUCCAUCGGAUACGGUGCCUUUGCGAUCAUCUUACAAGUUUCGCUGUUCUCUUGGACGUAUCCGGGGACAUCGAUGUCUUUGCUCUGGAUAUCCUAAGCAUGAUCGGAUGCGGUGUCUCCGCCCUAUGUCUCGUCAUUCUACUAGUGACCUUCAUAUGUGUCAAAAAACUUCGGAGCAGGCAACCCCAGCGGAUCCACAUGAACCUGUGUAUCGCCUUGCUAGGGUUAUACAUUGUAUUCAUGGUGGGCAUUGACCUCCGCUACCCGACCAACGGUUGCGUGGCUGCCGGGUUCAUCCUCCAUUUCUUCCUCCUGUCGUCCGUCUCUUGGAUGUUGGUAGAAGCCGUUUACAUGUACCUGCUCUUUGUCAAGAUUCACAACGGCACGGUUUCCAAGUUCCUCAGGAUAUCAAGCGUCUUCGCCUGGGGUUCUCCGCUGAUAGUUUGCGUCAUAAUAGUUUGUAUCGACCGAGAAUUCUAUCUAGGAGACGACACUUAUUGUUUCGUCCAACCGGGACCAGUUCUCUACUACUCCGUCCUCCUCCCCAUCGCCAUCAUCGUCCUCAUCAACACCAUCAUUUUUAUCCUCGUCACGUACCGCCUGACCUGCGGCCGGUGGACGAUCUCGGCAAAGAGCUCGGCCGACAAGAAUCGAAGUGAAACUUGGCGCCGACUAAUGGACCUGGUCGCCUUCACUGUUCUCCUCGGACUGACUUGGGUGUUUGGUUUCCUUGCCAUCGGUGGUGCUCGCUUCCUCUUCAACAUCCUCUUCCUCAUCUUCAACUCACUCCAGGGAUUCUUCGUCUUCAUCAUGUUCGGUCUUAGACAGAAGCCGGUGCGGGACGAGUGGCUCCGUUGCUGCCGUUGCCGAUGUGGCGAAGACGAAAGCAGUCGACGUUCGAAGCAGUACAUGAAAUCGAAGCCGAUAUCAGCGGCGGUGUCCUCGGGGCAGACCGGUAGCACAAGUGUAUCUGAUAUUCCUCUGGAUGGGCGCGGAUCGACGACUACGACAAGCACAAUGGCAUAAAUGAAAUGGGAAACAGCCAGAGAACCAUGACUUGACAGCAACACACAACUCAUGGGUCAUUAUUGAAUUAUAUGUGAUAUAGCGCAGUUUAUAAGAUCCUAAUCUUUAACAUACACAUACCUUGCCUAACCGCUUGUGGCAUAGAAUGAUAUUCCCCCUAUAGAAAUCGAAAUACUUAA